UCCUCAUCAACUAUCGACUCAUCCACGUGAGCGGACGGUUCGGUUUUGAGGUUCCUCCGAAUCUACAAGUGAGCGGUUCUCCACCUGCGUGAGAUCUGUGUUUCAUUCAAACCACCUGCCGAUUGGUGUGUGGGAUUUAUUAUUUACUGUUUUGUCAUUGAUUCUGUUCGUCAGAAUUAUGAUUAGAUGACUGUUAUUUCUACUGUGGAACUUUUUAGUUGAAAAGUAUUUUUUUUCUGAAGGAAAUUUUAUUUGCAUGUUGCAUUGAGUGAACAAUUUAACAAAGAGAUUAUUUAAAAUGAACAUGAAAUUAUCAACGACGUCAAUUUUUCCUGUACUCUUGUUGAUGCUAUGCUACGGUGAUUUGAUACCUGGAGUUGGUUUUCAACAGAGCAUGUCGCAGCAUAUCCCAAUGCCAUCUGGUCCAAACAGAGAUGCUAUUCCUCUUCACUUACCAGUGCUGUCUCCUCAUCAGAACGGCUACAUAAUUGUUCCUAAAUCGUCUUUCGUAUUGCCUAAAAAUAACGGACCACCUCAUCCAGGUGCCCCAAACAGGAAGCCUGACAGAAAGCCACCUAAUGCGCCACCAAAUGCUAAAAAUCGUCCUCCAAAUAACAGAAACCGAAGACCACAGCCACCAAAUAAGAAGAUGAACCAACCAUUCAACAAUGGACCUUAUCAGCAAUCGGGAUCCCAACAAAUGAAAAAUGUGUUGCCAAACGGACAAUUUCCUCCAAGAAAUAAUUUCAAUCCACAUCAGUUUUUGGACGCUACCAUUCCUCAAAAUAUUAAUCCCGAUCAAUUAGGACAAAAUCGACCUCCCAUACUCCCCAAUUUCCAGAAUCAUCCUCCACUCGGUAUCAAUGUCAACCCUAACGACUUCUUAAACAACCUCCCACCUCGAAAACUUAAAACCAAGAAUAAACCCAAGAAUGUCCCUGUCAUUGUACCAAAUUUUGACCUUGGAAAAGAUCACAAAGGAGAGGCCUCUCAUGAUUUGAAACUCAAUGCUCCAAAUUUACCUCCGAAUGGGCAUGGAGAUCCUCUGGAUUUAUCAAAAAUUUUGUCUGUUCCACAUCAAGAAAAUGAAGUUUUGGAUCAUCCACAUCCACAACCCCCACCACCAGAAAUACAUUCCUCACCUGCAGGAGGGCACCCUCCUAUUGGAAGUUUAGGAGAAGUAAAAGUACCUCCAUUUAAUGAAAAAUCUUCAAUACUCAACCCUCAUUUCUCUGAAUCCCAAUCCCACGCAGAAGCACUGAAGCAAAACGAGCAAGACAAAAGUUUCCAUAUUCCUUUCCCAGACUUUGCCGAACCAGAACCGGGUCCACAAUUGCAACCUUCCAAUUUUCCAACAAACUUAAAUGUAAAUAAUAGAAUAAUUACUCCUCAGGAAUCCAAUCAAAAUCAAGUCGCUGUAAAGCCCAAAAAUGCUGAUGCACAUGAUCAAGUGCAUGAAGAAAGUGCGCCUAUUUCUUUGUAUGGACAAGUUUUACCGCCAAAUGAUGCAACUUACAGCUCAGAAAUCAAUAAUUUCCCAGGUCUGCAUGAUGCAUCAGAUGAUGAAAGAUGGCCAGUAAUAAUGCCAGAAAUGCCUAAAAUAAUACAUCUGGAUGUCAAAUGCGAAAAGAAUUUGAUGAGGGUGGCUAUCGAUUUUGAUAAACCUUUUCAUGGUAUCAUAUAUAGCAAAGGCCAUUACAGCUAUGGACGAUGUGUUCAUUUGCCUGCUGGUUCUGGUCACAAUAGUGUUGAAUUUGAUAUUUCCAUCAACAGCUGUGGAAUGCAAGGAAAUUCUCCAUCUGGGCAUUAUGGUCCGACUGAAACUGGAUCAUAUUUCGAAAACACAGUCGUUGUACAGUAUGACCCUCUGGUUCAAGAAGUCUGGGAUCAAGCCCGUAAGCUGAGAUGCAAUUGGCAUGACCAGUACGAAAAAACAGUCACUUUCCGUCCUUUCAAUGUUGAUAUGCUGCAGGUGGUUAGAGCUGAUUUUGCUGGGGACAAUGUCGGAUGCUGGAUGCAAAUACAAGUUGGGAAAGGUCCAUGGGCUAACGAAGUUUCCGGAAUAGUACGAAUUGGCCAAACGAUGACUUUGGUUCUUGCAAUUAAAGACGAAGAAAAUAAAUUUGAUAUGAUGGUGCGUAACUGCAUAGCUCACGAUGGUAACAGAGCUCCAAUUGAGUUGGUGGAUUCUUCUGGUUGUGUGACAAGACCAAAAUUGAUGAGUCGAUUUACCAAAGUCAAAAACUUCGGAUCAUCUGCCUCUGUACUCUCUUUUGCUCAUUUCCAAGCAUUCAAAUUCCCAGAUUCAACGGAAGUUCACAUUCAAUGCACUGUCCAAAUUUGUCGCCAACAAUGCGAGGAUCAAUGCAGCAUUCACAGAAGAAAAAGGCAAAUAGGAAAAGGGGAGGUCAGAGAAAUUGGUUUGAAUGGCAUACUUCAGGUUGUGGCCGUCGACGAUCUGACAUUCUCACCAUUCAAGAACGAGACAGAUGAUAUGAAAAUUAUCACCGAAAAGAGUAGAGUAUGCAUGUCAUCAUCAGGGUUUGCAGCUUCUUUGAUUCUUCUUCUGUCCAUCGUCAUUAUAUCAAGCUUGAUUGCAGCCUUCCUCUUCCUGAAGCAAAGAAGUACAGCAAAAAUGCCACCACUGCCUUACGACAUGGCUAUCUUUAAGAAACAUAUGGAAAAACAAGUCAAAAAGCAACAACAGCAACAACAGCAACAACAACUGCAUCAACAACAAAUCAGGCAGCAAAAGAAAAUGUAAAUCUUGCUGUUGAAAUCUAAAAGGCAAAUUAUGAAAAACUAUUUUUCUGAAAGUCAUAAGUGCCUAAAGACUACAUAUCACUCACUUCGUAUUAUUAUUGCAGAAACUUUUAAGCCUUAACAAUGCUCAAAAGAGUUAAGAGAGUAAAAAAUGUAUGAGUGUUUUGCAUUCCAAAACACAAACUGUGGAAUUCGACGAUCUGCAUUUCGUUGUUUGUUUUAGGAUUUAAUUCUGUUUUUUAAGUAUUUGUUCACAUCAAAUGAGAAUCUUUCGUACUAAUAUGGUGGCUGGUAUUGCGGUACAACUGGUCUCACUUUUUUGAAAUCGUUAUUUAUGGCAGCAGUAUUCUAUCAUUCAUUAUUUAUUUAUUAUACGAUGUGAACAUCUUGUUCUUAAGGCCUGUUUGCUUGUUUUAAGGCUCUGUAAACAAGUACAACAGUGAAACAGUACGCAGUAUAAUUCUGCGAUCAUUUUUGUACAUAGAAUAGGUGCUGGUCACCGACAAUGUCCGUCCAUCAUUUUUUUUAUGUUAUUUGUUUUGUUAUAAAUAAACUCCUCAGAGAUGAAAAGCUGAUUUUUUUUUAUCUCAUAAUUCUAAACCCAACAUAAAAACAAUAUUACAUAGAUUUUAGCUUCUUAUAUUUUUUUGUUUCAAAACUAUUAGUCAAAAAUUUGGCAACACUUCAGUGCCCAUAAGAAAGAAAGAGAGAGGCCUGUAUUUAAUAAGAAAAUAUAAUGAAUUAUAUGUUAUAAAUGAAUUAAUGAAAAAUCAAAAUAUUAUAUUAAUUGUAUCUCAACAAUUGAAAUUUAUUAAUGAAUUAAAUACUUUAAUUUAAUCAAAAAACUAUUUAUUUCGAUUAAGCUUUCAUUCUUCGUUGAUUUUAUUCUUUUCAGUAUUCCAUAAAUGCUUAAAAGUGAUUUGAAUAAAUUUGACAUUAGUUAUUUUAUGUUUGUUUGUCAGAUCUCUACAGUUUUGUACUAUUUAUUUAUUUCUCUCCAUCAAUUCCACUGAUGUGUCAUUCAAAUGUCCUUGUAAU